UCGAGUGACAUCAGAAACAUACAUUAAUGACAGAUGUGUGUUUUAUGCGUUCGCACCACGUUCAAUGACUAUAAUUGAGCAAGUCCAAACAGAAGUAAUAAAGAGAGCCAGUCUUCAAAAGUUCUUGUCAAUACCGAAGAUCCUGUUCUUCCUGAAGCACAGCGACGCUGAGAGUAAUCAGAACCAACUGGAUUUCUUUACGCUUUUUCAUCAGAAGCACACCUAUAGGCGAUAACUGUUGACAUCGAAUCUGUCUUCUUGACUACAAGCCCCGAGCACUGACUUUUAAGAAGAUCUCCGGAAUCAUGACGGAUCUUGUCGUUCAUGAGCUUGAAAUAGACGUGGAAAGCCUUGAAACAGAGAGUGACGACCAGGCAGACUUCAGCACCCAUUCAUCCGGCGGAGCGGACGACGAUUCGGGAAGCAAAGAAGACGACAAAACAGGCCAGAUAAACCUUGGAUCGGGAGACCAGAGAAAACUGAGCCGGACCCCGAAAUGCGCCCGCUGCAGAAACCAUGGAGUGGUCUCCUGUCUCAAGGGACACAAGCGGUUCUGCAGGUGGCGGGAUUGUCAGUGUGCUAAUUGUCUGCUGGUGGUGGAGAGACAGCGCGUGAUGGCAGCGCAGGUGGCACUCAGGAGGCAGCAAGCUACGGAGGAUAAGAAAGGCAUUUCAGGGAAGCAGGUUCCAGCUGAACGGAGAACAAUCUAUCAAAGACAUCUUCGACCUUCCACCAUGCUGGCAAAAAGUAUUCUAGAAGGAUACCGUCCAGUUCAAUCAGACCCGUUUAUGGGAGGAAGCCCUUCUCUGCCUCCACCUCUGAGCGACAGGAUGAGGAAACGGAGGGCUUUCGCUGACAAGGAGCUGGAGACUAUCAUGCUGGAGAGGGAGUACAAAGAGAGGGAGAUGCUGGAGUCCAAUCAGGCGACCACCGCCUCCCUCUUCCUCCCCAACAGCAUGGUGCACCACGCCGCCGAGUACAACUCCUACAAGACGGCCUACUCCUCCACGCAGGUGGAGGCCCCGCCUAAAGACCUGUGUAACUUCCUCCCCGGCUGCUUGGACCUAUCCAUGCAGUACGCUGGCUCCAGCAACGUGGAGCUCAUCUCGUCCAACGUCAGCGUGGCGACCACCUACCGCCAGUACCCCCUCCCGCCCCGCUUCAUGAUGUGGCCGCGGGGCAGCAACAUCGGAGACGCCCUGCUCUACCAGCAGUGCCUCCUCAACGCCACCGCGGUCCAGAACAUGAAGCCCGGUGCGGUGUGGGACCCCAAAAUGAUGCCGGCCUCUGAGAGCCACUCGCCCAACCAGGACGUGGUGGCGGCGGCGGCGAAACUGGAGGGCUCAAGGGCGGCCCCCGAACCGUGCGACCUCCAGCAGGCCCAGAUGGAACCCCAAGGGGGACUCUCCCAGGUUCCCCGGGAGCGGUCGGCCUUCUCCCCGCCUAAGAGGGGGUUCGGGCAGGCCUUCCCGAACACGCCGCCCCUGCCCGCCGCCCAGGAGCACGUCCUGAACCGGCUGAGCAAAGAAAGCGCCAAGCACGCCCUUUCCAUGAAGCUGAAUUCCUUCCACUCCCUGAUCCAGCAGACCCUCAGCGAGAAGCCAGGCCCUGACCUCAAGGGCCCCAACUGCAAGGAGAUCCUGGAGGAGGCCGCGAGAAAAUACAGAGAGGGCACUGCGAAGGAGGUCCACGGCUUCAAAAGCAUGGACAGAUACGCCAAAGAUUUCGCAUCCAAGCAAACGGGAACAAAGGUGCCAUCUAGUGAGUCACUGUCAUUUUCUGUUGAGUCCAUACUGAAGAGGCCUUCCCCUGCUAUGACCCGCGCAUCCCAGUAACCAUCAGAACUGUCCCAUUGUUUAGCUUCUCUGUGCCUUCCUUCUGUUUUACUGUAAGCAGAUUCACAUAUGCUACAUGAUUGAAACAUGGUUUUGAAAAUUACCGUAGAAAUAUGAGUUUAAAAUGGCUGUUUGAGCUCUUCAGUUGA